AUGGUGUUGGGGUGGUAUUACCUUUCCUGCGCAUCGAAAGAGCAUACUGACACUAGGGAUGUGACUAAUACUUGGCUUCACAAAGGGCUUGCGUCAUGUGCUCGGAUUGUACCAGUUUGGCUAGAGUACGUUAAAAAGACCAAGCUGCGUUAUUUGUGGGUUAUUGACGGGCUUUGGAAUUAUGGAGUAAACUUGUUUGCAUGA